UGCUACGAGGGCUGUGGGUGAAUUCCACAGCACGAAAAUGGGCAAUUGUCCGAGCAAACGAACAAAAGUGUCAGUGGCAUGGUGAGUGGCACACGCUUUGCCUCGUCCACAGGUGCUUGUACACAAGUUUUUGCUUAAAUACUUCUUGCGAAGAUGAGAAAGCCAUUACUCACUCCCCUCAUUCGCGUCCUAAAAUUCUAGCUUGCAUCAGAUAGCUCUAGGAAUUCUAUACUUUGCUUAUUGCAUAGACAUGGAAACGGGUCCGGCACGUUACAACCCUAUGGACGCACAGCGUUUCGACCCCCUGCGACGCACUAACAUGGACCCUUGCAUCAGGACCGAGAAAACGAGCGCAAGUGAUGCAUGGCCGAACCACAAGGUUGUAUUUGAUCCUGUCGAGGGGAAAGGUUCUUAUUUGGAGGGGUCGCGUCCAUCCCUUACGGACACAUGCUCCACUUCCGCUACACCUGUCGACGUAUACCACUCCGCUGACAUCGUUGUCACACGUACCAUCAUCCGCCCUAACCCCAAUCCCCAUCGUCGUCCUACUCGUAUGCUGUCUCGCACACAGAUGGUGUUUAAACGGAUGUUCUCGCGCUCGCCAUCUCCCACAAGCACAUACUCUCCCUCUCCAUCUUCUUCAUCAUCUGCGUCAACCCGAUCCACUCCCCCUUCGCGCUUCAAGGGCCUGGUGCUCAACUGUUUCAGCACAUCCUCAUCUUUCGAUAGUGAUAUCGACGAUAUGGAAAUGCACAGGAGGGAGAGGCCUGUGUUACUGGCGAUUGUGAAGGAGACAAGGGAGAGAUAUGAGGAUGAUCAGGCGUUUAAGGAGAUUGUGGGGAGUGUCAUUCCUGCUGCCGGUGUGAGGGACGGCCGUUGAGCCUGGUCUUUGCAUGUCGUGGGUUAGAUGCUUGUGAAUGGGUUUGUUGCAGUUCUGGAUGCCCUAUUGCAUAUAUACAUCUUGUAACGCUAAUUAUUUACAAUAUCUCGGGACUGUCUGUGCACUUUCAUUUAUGUGUAUUUCAUAGUCACUUGGUUGUCAUCUAUCUUGUAUCUGUUCGUGUCCGCUAUGCGAGUGAGUGUUGCUUGAUCAAAAGU